CACAGACUGCAAAAAGAUUUGAAGUGGAAGAGUUAACACUUAAACCUAUAAACCAAAAGGGAAGUCCUACUGAUGAUUUAUUUCAUGACCAAUCAGCUUCACAAGAUUUAUUUGCAACACAAGAAAAUAUAUUUGUUAACCAAAGGACUAUUUUCAGUCAAACCAACAGCUCACAGCUUAGAAUGAAGUGUGGAAAAAUGGUUUCAAGAGAAUGCAUUAACCACAAGACACCUAGGGAUGAUACAGGAGAAUCAUCAUGCAAAAAGAAGCUUAGUAAAACCUUGCCUGCUAAUUUCAUAUCCCUAGAGAACAGUGAUUUACCUCAUCCAAAACAUUUGUUUAGAAAGAAAAGAACAAAAAGACUGCAGGCACCACAAGUCAAUAAGAAAGAUUUGAAUGAUAAUUUGAAAAAUUCUGUGAAUGGACACAUACAACAGUUAAGAUCAAAGUUAGCUCACAGGGUUACAGUCAAUACAAGCCUAGCAUCGGAAAAAGAUGAGAAAAUUUCCUUAAAGAUCAAUUUUUUUCCUGAAGCACAGUUUUUACCCUUGGAAUAUAGUACUGAUGAAAACACAGAUAAAUCACCCUUUUUGAAGUUUGAAAAUGAAUGUUUACCUCACAAGUCUGAAACAUGGGAGGAAUUAAAUGUGUCACUUUAUCAGAGAUGGAUGACUGGUGCCUCUUAUGUUGAGGAAGAAUGAUAAUCUAAUUCAUUAAUAGACUAUAAAGAUACAUUCAAAUUUAUCUGUGAUAAUUCUUUUGUUACAAAACCAAUGGAAGUUAAGCAACCAACAAUCAAUCAAUCAUUUGUUACAAAAUAUAUCACACAAGUGUUCACCAAUUUGUUAAUAUUUGUUUUAUUUCACUGCACUCACUUAAUACUAACAAACUUUCUCUGAAGCAAUUAGCUUUACCAGUUGAUCAGUUUUUAGGAGUGAAUUCAAACUGCAAUUGGGUAAUUUUUUUUUAGCAGUUUAAGAGUUGCCAUGAAAA